GAGCCGGGUGCAGCCGCCGCCGCUCGCCCGCAUCCCCUCGGCCCGGCCCGGGGGCAAGGUCAGCAGCGAUCUGGAGCCGCCGUGUCACUCCCCGACAGCUAUGAACUGCAGCGAGAGCCAGCGGCUGCGGACCCUGCUGAGCCGCCUGCUGCUCGAGCUGCACCACCGGGGCAACGCCAGCGGCCUGGGCGCCGGCCCCGGCCCAAGCAUGGGCAUGGGGGUCGUGCCCGACCCCUUCGUGAGCCGCGAGGUGACCAGCGCCAAGGGCAACGACGCCUAUCUCUACAUCCUGCUCAUCAUGAUCUUUUACGCCUGCCUGGCCGGAGGCCUCAUCCUGGCCUACACCCGCUCCCGCAAGCUCGUCGAGGCCAAGGACGAGCCGUCCCAGGCUUGCGCCCAGCACGAGUGGCUCCCGGGAGGUGCCCCGGCCGCCGCCGACGCUGAGACAGCCGCCGGAUCGCCCGCCGAGGACCGCCGCCAGCCCGGCCCCGCCGGGCUGCCCGCCCCGGCCCUCGCCCGGGCCGCCGAGGGGGUCUAGAGCCGCCGCCCCAGCUCGCUGGCUCGCCCGCGCCCUCAGCUCGCUCAUCCUGGGCGCGGCACCCGCCUGCCUUGCCGCCUUUUCCUCUCCUCCCCUUCCAGGGCCCUCCUCACCUGAGGCCCGGACAACGUUGAGAGGCCAGGAGACCUUGUCUGGAAGGCCCUGGAAGAAGCACCACCCUACCCGCUCCGGGCCAGCCUCUCCCUCCUCUCCCCCCCCCACC